GGUCUCUGAGGGCACCAACACAAGCAAACACACACAUUAUAUAUCCAUCCAUCCAUACAUUGUACGGGUAUAGCGCAUAUAUGUGUGUGUGUUUGUGUGUUUGUGUGUGUGUGUGUGUGUGUGUGUGUGUGUGUGUGUGUGUGUGUAUGUUAUGCUUGUACUCUGGCCAGGCAGUGAUGGUACAUGCUUUUAGUCCCAGCACAUGGAAGACAGACACAGGCAGAUCUCUGUAGAUCUCUGUGAGUUCAAGGCCAGCCUGAUCUACAGUGAGUUUCAGAACAGCCAGGACUGUUAUACAGAGAAACCCUGUCUUGUUUAUGUACUGUGGAAAGCUCUAAAAAAAAAAUAAUAAUAAUAGCUGUUGAAGUUCAGUGGUGGGAAGAAGCUUUACUGUGUACCUCCUUACACUCCUUUUUUAAUACUGAAAAAUUAUAAUAAGACAUUGUGAUUAUUUAAAAGUACUGGCAUCCCACGUGAACCGCAUAACCUCAUAUGUCUGGGGAACAUUAGCUGUCAGUUAUUGAGUGCUUAUAAACUCAGCAGGGGUCAGCCUUAGAUAAUACUCUUAAAAUUUCAAGGAAUUUCUGUGCAGCGUCUCCCCAACUCCUCCCCCGCUCCCUGUCCAUAGUACAGGUAUAGCAGAACCCUGGCCCUCACACAUACUAAGUACACAGAACCCUGGGAUAGCUACCCACCCCACCCCUGGGUUAUCCUAGAGCUCGUCCCUCCUAGCUCUGGUUCUCAGGCACUGGGAAUACGGGACAUCACACCCAGAUGACGUUACCUUUGUUUGUUUGAGGCAGUCUCACUCCAUAGCACAGGCUGUCCUGGAAUUUGAGGCUGUUUCCCUGUUUUAGCCUCCUAAGUGCUGGGGUUACAGUUGUGAACUACCCUGCCCAGCUUGGAUUUGAUGUUCUGACGGUCAUAAAGAUAGCUGAAUGUUGACGGCUUCAUAGGUCUCACCCGGUAUCACUGCUCUUGCUUUCAAACACUGCUGUCAGUUUCAGCGUGGAACCGGGGACCAGAGGAGUCAAGCACAUGGACUGUUUAGUGUGUGACCCAGUAUCCAGACCCAGGUUGUUUGGUCUGAGCUUGGGAUCUUCAGAGCUCUGCUGCUUCUCUUUCUUUUGAUCCUUCGGUUCUCAGGGGAUAGGGCAUGUGUGCUCCUGCCUUCCCGCAUCUCCUCCAAUGCGGUCUGAAGGAUGGGAUGAGGUAGAGUAUUUGUUGGUGUUCAGAGAGAGGUGCUGAGAUCAGAGGGAUCCCUGUGCUUGUUCACCAUCCGCCCAGAUGCAUCAGAAGGAGGCGGGGUGGUCUUCCUUUCCCACAGUUGGCUUUUAAGAGAGUAGCACUCAGAUUAGGUGAGAGCCCAUCCCUAGAAAUGAAAGUCACACGGGGCCCUAAUGUCCCCACAUUCCAGAAAUGCAUCACUCUCCUCCUCAUCUCCCUUCCUUUCUCUUCUUCCUCUUUGUUUCAUCCUCCUCCUUUCUUCCUUCUUUCUCCCUCGUCCCCCUACCCUUUCUCCUUUUCGGAAAUUUCUUACUAGCGAACCCUCUGCCUCAGCCUCCAGAGUGCUGGAAUUACACAUGUGCGCCACCAACCCUGGCCUUCCUCACCUUCUGCUAAUGUUAUUGGAAGUGUUGUGCGGUCCUGGGUCUGCAGUAACCAGACUUGAAGGCUUGAAAGAUAGACCAUCUUUAACAGCCUUACUGCUCACAUAGGAGUCACCGUAAGUUAGCCAAAUUAAGUUAAAUGUCAGCAUUUUGUCUAUUUCUGGCUAAAUUCAUCUGAGCAAUCUCAUAGCAAAUUUGUGUUUUCCCUGAUACGGACUGAGUCCAAAGUCACCAAACUGGUCUUGUGUCUUUUCUCCACUACCCUUUCUACUAACCCCAGCCCUUGCCUACAGCGUUGCCCCUGUGGGGCCUCUAUGACACCAUGUCCAGGAUGCUGGGAAUGCAGAGCUUCAGGACAGCAGGUAGGGCCCUGCAGAUCAUCUGGUCUAUGUCAUGCAUUCAGCCUUUUGGGCCCUAGUAACAGCAAGAGGAAGAACAGGUUUCAGACAAGUGGACAUGGGAUGAUGAAGUUGUUGCUGACUGGAGGACACAGGAAUUUAUUGUAUGAGUCUCCUCACUUCUUGUGUGUGUUGUAGCUUCCCAACAAAACUGUGGAGAAGGAAGAAAAAACAAACAAAAUCCAACAGUGCUGGGUCUGUUUCCAGCUCAUUAAGCUACAUCCCCCUCAGUCUGUCUGGUUGACUUCUUUGGCUGUUGUACGUUUGUUCUAAGCUGGCCAGGUACCACUGAUGUCUACCGUCACUGAAGCAUCCUUGCAGAAAGAGCAAGGCUGUCGGUGUUGGGACAGCAUUGAUUCUUGGUUCAGUCCUGUUCUUCCCUGUUGGUCUCUGAAGGGAUCACAUGUGCAUGUUACCUCUCGUGUUCACUGUGAACAAUUAUAUUUGCUCUCUCACAAGUUCACAUGUUGCGGUGCUUUGAAAAGUUAAGAACUGGGGUUUGGGUUGAUUAAGCUUUAGCCACAGAGCCUGAGAACCUGGGUUUGAACUCCGGCAUUCUUAUUUUAAAAACAACAAGUACAGCAACAACAACAACAACAGGGUGUGGCCACAUACCUGAAAUCCCAGCUCUGGGGAGGCUGAGACAUGAGAAUCCCAGGAACCUGUUGGCCAGUGAGCUCCAUGUUCAGUGGAAGACCUGGUCUCAAAAAACAGAAACAAACUCAUAAGUAAAUAAAAUGGAGGGGCUGGGGAUUUAGCUCAGUGGUAGAGCGCUUACCUAGGAAGCGCAAGGCCCUGGGUUCGGUCCCCAGCUCCGAAAAAAAAAAAAGAACCAAAAAAUAAAUAAAUAAGUAAAUAAAUAAAUAAAUAAAUAAAUAAAUAAAAUGGAGAGUGUUGAGGACAACACUUGAUAUUGAUCUCUGGCUUUGACAUUUGUGUACGUACACACACACACACACACACACACACACACACACACACACACAGCAUUUCUUAAAUGCCAGGUAUUCCUUUCUGUUUAUCCUUGGAUGUUUUUUUGUGUGGUACACCUACAAGACUUAGGAGGCAGAGUUUGUUGGCAUCUUCCCUUCACUUCUCCUGCUUUAUAGCCGUAGGCCCUACCACCUGCUUCAGCCUGAAGAGCCUCCAGGCCUUUGACUUGGCAGUGGAUACCCCUUACUCUAGAUCUGACUUCAAACCUUUAAAUCACUUCACGUGCCAAGGCACGCCUAACUGGAGCCCCAGCCUUCUCAGGGCCUGUCAGCAUCCCCAAAGAGGGGAGAAGGAUUAACCAGAUCACUUGCUAGUCUACAACUAUGAAGUCAUGGAGAUUCAAUGGAGAAAGCACUCCCUGGAAUCUAAGGGAAUCUCUGCAGCAGUUUGAACAAUCAAAAGAAGGACGUAAGUGUUUAAAUCAAACUCAAGUCACCAAAUUCCCAGUGUCCUACCUCUCAACCUGUAGCCUUUUUUUUUUUUUAGGUGUGUUAGUCCUUAGCCCUGCACCAGAGAACAAGACUCCCCCUGUCCCAGCCUCAGAUCUACCACUUUUCCUGUUUAUGGGAUGAAAAACACGCUUCCCCAAGGACAAGGAGACUCAGAACGUGGAGCUUCCCAGUCUUCUCCCAGCCCUCCUAGACUCUGUUUGUCUUUACAGCGGUGAGAUCUUAGCUCAGAUAAGCUCAAGGUUUGUUUUUGUCUUUUGUCUUCCUGCUUGUUCCAGUCGGUCCCAGUCUUUUGAAGUGGGACUGGCUCGGAGGUCACAAUGUCCCUAUUGUCUAGAAUGACACUUCUGGGCUUAGGUCAUGUGUCCAGUGUUUAGAGGAUCCCAGAGCCGAAAGAAUCAGACAAUAGACCUAUCAGUGGCUCAAUUGUUCUGCUCUUCUCUCCGGGGCUGCGGACAGGUGAGUGUCUGUGUUUAUUGAGGCUUGUGGUAGCAGAAUAUUGGAGCCCCAGACGCCUUGGAAAAUCUGGGCUAUAGGUUUACCUUAGUUCUAAGGCUUCUGAAAGACAUUUGACAAUUCUAACACUUUGUCCUAUGCUUUGCGCAAUCAGGAAUAGAAUGCCUGCCACCUGAUGUGCCACUGGCCCACUCAAACUCAAUGCCUCAAGUACACUAGGCAAGCAGGUGUACUACUUCUGACCUGUACCCGCUGUGCCACCAGUCUCUUUUUCUUUUUCUUAUUUUAUUUUGAUUUUGAAUGGGUUUUGGAAUCAGAACUCCAGUGCACUUCUCGUAGAAGUUGUUCACGUUCUUCCUCAGUGACUUUCUGUGUAUGGACAAUAGUGUCUUAUAGGUUCUAGGUUGACCUGAAGUGACUGCUGUACACUAAGGAUUCAAGAAGUCCUUAUUUGUAAAGCCUAACUGGAGAGGCCUAGCACCACUUACCACAGUGUCACACACUUUUAGUGCCAGCACUCUAGAGACAGAGGCAAAGGGAGGCAGAGCUCUGUGAGUUCAAGGCCAGCCUUCUCUACAUAGCAAGUUCCAGAAUAGCCAGGGCUACACCGUGAGACCCUGUCUCAAAGACAACAAACCAAACCACAAUGGGAGAGAUCUAUUAAUCACAGUCAAGUGUGAAGGGAGAAACAAUGUUGUCAAUUCACCACGGAAGAAGCUCACAAUUGCUGCUGGGUACUGUUACUACCUGGCCACAGCACAGGAAGUAACUGGGUAGAGGCCUCAUGGCUCCUGAAGACUGAGAGAAGCUCUCAAAGCACAACACGUUUUAUUAUAGAAAUUAACAAGCAUAUUUUCAAGUAGAAAGAGUAGUAUAACAAACUUCCAUAGACCUAUCACCCAGCUUCCCAGAUCAUCAGCAGUUAGAGGUGAGGUAUAGCUGAGAGGCAGGGAGGUCACCUAGCAUUCCUGAACCUCUAGAACAUAUGAAAUCCUGAGUUUGAUUUCCCGCAACAAACACAAACACACAUCUGUUAAAUUUAUUUUUUAUUUUUGUCUUUUGAGACAGGGUUUCUUUGUAUAGCCCUGAUUGUCCUGAAACUCUGUAGACUAGGCUGGCAUGGAACUCUUACUGCUUCUGCCUCACAAGUGCUGGGAUUUAAGGUGAACACCACUACUGUCCGUCAUCAAAAUAUGUAUUCCUCUCUGUUAUAAACAUAACUUCCUCAGUCCAUAUGUUGCUUAUCUGCUGUAUUCCAGGGCUGACCAUUUGGUACUGGACAGCAGUUUUCUCUCCCUGGGGAAGACUAUUUCUCCAGCUCUCGGGAUGUCUAAGGUUGAGGCCUUAUGAGCUUCCCCUUUCUGUGUUAGGGUGUCUGCUGCUGUUGUCCUUGUUCAGGUCACGGUUGUAUACUUUUUAACUUUUUAUUUUAUGUGUGGGUGUUUGGCCUGCAUGUGAGUCUGCACGGCAUUCACGUCACCCCGUGCCUCUGUCGCUAAGCUCAGGCAUCGGCAAAGGGCAGAAGGAGGACUUGGAUCCCCUGGAGCUGGAGUUACAGAUAGUUAGGGGUCGCCACGUGGAUGCUGGGAAUUAAAUCCAGGUCCUCCAGAAAAACAGUCAGUGUUCUUAACUGCUGAGCCAUCUCUUCAGCCCAAAUUGUCACUAUUCUGACAGAUCUUACUUGACAUGUUUUUACCUCACACUGUCACCAUAAGAUAUUUUAUCAUUUUCCCUACAGAUCAUAUGUAAUGCUUAACCAGGUAACAUUAAAGAAUACUAUCAACAGAACUGUCAACAGAACUAUUAACAGGUUUUGUUUUGCUUUGUUUUUUCUUAUCUAAACUACAGGUAAGGGGCUUUUGGGUAAAUACUCCUGGCUAGGGUUGUGAAAGGCUUUCACUAGAGGCUGGAGCAAAACAUCUAGAAGUCUUCUGGCUUGCGUCUUAUGACAUGAAGGGUGAGAGUUUGUUCCCAGUCAGGAUGAUCUGAUGACAAUUGGCAAGGCCCCAGCUAAACAGAAAAUUGUCAAGGAAUAGCAGAGCAUGUUUCCUGUCCACUCUCAGCCCGUCCAACAUCAACAGAGGUAGAGGACCAAAGCAGGAACCAGAGCUCUGCUUCCAGGUAGCCAUGCAGCUCACUUUAGAGGAAUCCACGGUUUUCAUAAACACCAAGGCUCUCACCUCUACUAUGCUCAGCCUCUUACCCUGCUCCUAUUUGUCCAACAUAUGGGUGGCACAUGUGGUGUGAUGGAAAACUUCAAGGCAGAGACCUCUGCUUCUUCAGUGGCCGAGCCUAGAAUGGGAUCUGACAGUAUGGCAGUUGAGGAGACAGUUAAAUGAAAAACAAGGGAGGGGGUGGGGAUUUAGCUCAGUGGUAGAGCGCUUGCCUAGCAAGCGCAAGGCCCUGGGUUCGGUCCUCAGCUCCGGGGAGGAAAAAAAAAAGAAAAACAAGGGGGCCCUGUUCGUAUCCAGUUGGAAUAGCUACCAUCUAGAAAGCAGGUGACAGCAAAUGCUGGCAAGGAUGUGGAGAAAGAGGGAGUCACUGCUAAAAGGAAUGUAAACGUAAUCUAGUACAGUAUAGCAAUUACCAUGGAAGUUUCUCCAGAAAUUAAAAACCAGGAAGGAGUUCAUGAACCUCCACCCUAACUGGGGAGCUAUGGACAAUAGAUGGCUUCCUAGGGGAGAGUCAGUUUUCUUUGAGGGUGUGGCCUGGUAGGUGCCUCAUGCUCUGGUGGGUGGCACCACACCUAGAAGUAUAUGGACACCACGCAUUGCAGUCACGUUAUUUUUUUAAAUGCCAUAAAAAAUUAAGAGUAUAACUUCCAAAUGACUCAGCUGUGCUACUCCUGGGCAUAUUCCCAAAGGACUCCCUGUCCUACCAACUCGGUGGGACACUCGACAAGCUUGCUCAUCCAUGUCACCAUCUUACUGUUCAUUAUACAAAGCAAAGGGAGCCCACCUGUAAGUUCAACCGUGGGUGGAUAAUGGAAAUGUGGUGUAUGCCAAAUGGAGGUUUGUUCAGCUGUAAAUAAAAAUGUAACCGUGAAAUCUUUAGAAAAACCGAUAAAUCUGGAAAUGGUUUUAUUAAGCAAGGUGACCUGGUCUCAGAAAGUCUCUACCUCUACCUCUUCUUACCUCACACGUGGAUCUUUUUUUUUUUUUUUCUUUUUUCUUUUUUUCGGAGCUGGGGACCGAACCCAGGGCCUUGCGCUUGCUAGUGUGCUGGAUCUUGGAACUCCUGGGAGUAUUUGGAAUCAUGGCAGAAGUCAAGGUGGAGGUGGUUGGCAUAGACUGGCAGAAGCGCUGCCUUUCCCUGGAGACACAGCUUUUCCGCUUCCGCCUGCAGGCCAGCAAGAUAAGGGAGCUGCUGGCUGACAAGAUGCAGGAGCUGGAGCAGAGGCUGCUGGAGGCUGAGCAGAGAGCUGAAAAUGCAGAAACUCAGGUGGGUGUGAUGGAAGAAAAGAUAAAGCUGUCCAACCUGAAGAGUGUGGACUCCACAGGCAGCUUGCACCAAAAGUACCAAGAAUUGCUGAAAGCCAUGCAAGGCAAAGAUGAGCUCAUCGGCCAGCUGCAGGCACAGCUGGAGAAGCAGAAGCAGACAAGAGCUGAAGAAGCCAAAAUUGUUCAAGAAAAAGCUGCAAAGAUCAAGGAAUGGGUGACAGUAAAGUUAGCAGAGCUUGAAAUGGAGAAUCAACACCUGAAGACCUGUAAUCAGCAGCUAGUGGAGCAGGUGGCAGCCCUUCAGGAUGCUCUUGAGGAUCUUCGUAUGACACCUUCAGAGGAGCUGCUAGGUGUUCCAGAGGGGACCCCAGAGGGGGAUCCUGUCCCUUCAGGGCCCAGUGCCCAGCCUGUGGAGCAGGACAGUAAUCCCAAUACCCAAAUUUCGAAGGUGGCUGUGCCUACGCCUCUGGGCACCCUGCAGAGCAAGGACUUUCUGUCAGAAGCCAGAAGUCCCGAGGAUUUGAGUUUCAGCAUGGCCCAUCCUGGAGACAUUGCAGAGGCCAAGACCCUUCAAUCUCAUCUUCAGAGAGAGGGCUCUCCCAGUCAGCCGUUCAUGAAGCCUGGCAGCCCCAGAUGUGGGUCAGCCUCUUACAGGGAGGGUCUGAUCACUGCUCAGGGAGGGACAUUCCCUGGGACCAAGAUCUCUGCCAGGGAAGGUGGCCCGGGUAGUAGCCUGACCCUGCCAAAGGUGCGGGCUCCCAGCAUCCCCCGGGACAGCUUUCAAGUGGCCAAAAGGCACCACAGUCAGCCCCAGGUGGGCCCUGGGCAUGUUGACCAUGUGGUAAGCAUUGAGAUUGGGGCCCUGUCAGCCCUCCACUCAUCUGGCCUCCCCAAGUCUGAAGCCAGAGCUAAAGUCCGGGAAGAAGCCGAGAAGAUGGAGAUGGAGGAACUGCCUCCAAUGGGCAAGAAGGGAGAAAGAGAGAGCCUGAAGCCCCGCAGAGGUGAACUGGAGGGAGUGGAACCGGAGAACAAGCCGCCGACGCCCCCACUGCACCGGUUUCCAUCCUGGGAGCGCAGGAUCUAUGCGAUGGCCACAUCAGGCAUGCAGCUGUCAGAUGUGUCGUCCCGAAAUACUGCUUCCUGUUUCGCAUCAGGACCGCCUGCCCUUGCAUUCCCUGGAGCUUUCUCUGGCCUUAUUUAUAAGAAUGUCACUGUGCCUGUCUACACAGCACUGAAGGGGAAAGCCACACAGAUCAGCAACGUGCCUUUUGUGGAUGAGUCCUCUGGGUCCGAUGAUGACUGCGGCUCUCAAGCGAGUUUCCGGAUGUCAGUCCCUUGCUCUGAGUAUAGGAAGACCAGUGGACUAGGCAGCCCCCGGGCCAUCAAGAGAGGGGUCUCCAUGUCCUCACUGAGCUCCGAGGGGGACUAUGCCAUCCCUCCUGAUGCCUGCUCCCUGGACAGUGACUACUCAGAACCUGAGCACAAACUCCAGCGCACUUCAGCGUACUCCACUGACGGGGAGACACUGGAAAAGUCAGGCUACCUGCUGAAAAUGGGGAGCCGGGUGAAGACCUGGAAGAGGCGCUGGUUUGUCCUGAGACAGGGACAAAUUCUAUACUACAAGUCUCCGAAUGACGUCAUUCGGAAACCUCAAGGUCAAGUGGAUCUGAACUCUCAUUGCCAGAUUGUCCGAGGGGAAGAAGCACAGACAUUUCAGCUCAUCUCUGGAAACAAAAUCUACUACCUAACAGCAGAGUCCCCCAGCCUCCUGGAAGAAUGGAUCCGGGUCCUACAGAGCCUGCUGAAGGUGCAGGUCACUGGCCCUCCAGCCCUGCAUCAAGGGGGCACCAAGCCUACUGUGAAGGGCUGGCUGACGAAGGUAAAGCAUGGCCACUCCAAGCUGGUCUGGUGUGCCCUUGUUGGGAAAACCUUCUACUACUACCGGAGCCACGAGGACAAGAGACCCCUGGGCUGCCUACCUGUUCGGGACGCUCAUAUAGAGGAAGUAGAUCGAUCCUGCGACUCAGACGAAGACUAUGAGGCUGGAGGAACUGGACGCUUGCUGUCCUCUCACUGCACACUGGUGAUCCACCCACCAGAGCACAGCCCCACCUACCUCCUCAUAGGCACCAAGCAUGAAAAGGACACAUGGCUUUACCACCUCACAGUGGCUGCAGGUGGCAGCAGUGCCAAGGUGGGCACUGUCUAUGAGCAGCUCAUUGGGAAACUGAUGGACGGUGAGGGCAACCCAGACUCCCCGCUCUGGAGGCACCCCAUGCUGUGCUACAGUCAAGAAGGGCUGUGUGCUUCCCUCACCACGCUGCCCUCCGAGGCUCUACAGACGGAGGCCCUCAAGCUCUUCAAGUCCUGCCAGCUCUUCAUCAAUGUGCCAGUGGAAGCCGCCUCGGUGGACUACCACGUGUCGCUGGCUCAGACAGCACUGCAGGUCUGCCUCGUUCACCCCGAGCUACAGAGUGAGAUCUACUGCCAGCUCAUGAAGCAGAUCAGUCGCCGCCCACCUCAGAAGUACUCUCUCAUGCAGUGCUGGCAGCUCCUGGCUCUGUGUGCCCCACUCUUCCUGCCUCAGCACCACUUCCUCUGGUAUGUCAAACAGCAGCUUCAACGCCAUGCAGAUCCCAGAAGUGAAACUGGUCAGUAUGCCAUAUACUGCCAGCGAGCCGUGGAGCGAACCCUGCAGACAGGAGAACGGGAGGCCAGACCAUCGCGGAUGGAAGUGGUGUCCAUCUUGCUUCGGAACCCCUUCCAUCACUCCUUGCCCUUCAGCAUCCCUGUGCACUUUGCCAAUGGGACUUACCAGGUGGUUGGUUUUGAUGGCUCCUCCACAGUUGAUGAGUUCCUCCAGCGGCUGAACCAGGAGACAGGCAUGAGAAAGCCAUCCCAGUCUGGCUUUGCCCUCUUCACAGAUGAUCCUUCGGGCAGGGACCUGGAGCACUGUCUCCAAGGGCGUGUCAAGAUCUGCGAUGCCAUCUCCAAGUGGGAGCAAACGCUGAAGGAGCUGCAUCCCGGAAAGUCUGAGGGUGGGACACGAGUUGUGAAGCUGAUGUACAAGAACAGGCUAUACUUUCGAAGUCAAGUAAAAGGGGAGACAGAGAGAGAGCGGCUGCUACUUGCCUUCCAAACCAGUGGCGAAAUAGUGGCAGGAAGAUUUCCAGUCACCAAGGAACUGGCCCUCGAAAUGGCUGCCUUGAUGGCACAGGUGGAGUAUGGGGACUUGGAGAAACCUACGCUGCCAGGCCCUGGGGGUACACCUCCGGCCAAAGCCCAGCAUCUCCUCCAGCAGGUCCUUGACAGGUUUUACCCAAGGCACUAUCGAAAUGGAGCACCCCCUGAGCAGCUGAGGCACUUGGCAGACAUGAUGGCCACCAAGUGGGCAGCAUUACAAGGCUGCUCCCCUCCUGAGUGCAUCCGCAUCUACCUGACUGUGGCUCGGAAAUGGCCUCUCUUUGGUGCUAAGCUCUUUGCUGCUCAGCCUGCCCAGCCGUUGUCUUCUAAGGAGAACACUCCGGUGUGGAUUGCUGUGAAUGAGGAUGGUGUUAGUAUCCUGGACCAACGCACUAUGGUGAACAUCACUUAUCCCUACUCUUCAGUGACAACGUUCGGUGGCUGCAGGGACGACUUCAUGCUUGUGAUUAGAUCCAUUCCAGACCAGAACUCUGGAAAAACCCGUAUUGACAAGUUGACCUUCCGAAUGCCUGCUCCCAAGAUUACAGACACUACCUUAGUGAUGGCCAGCUACAUGAACCACUGUUCUGCAACUGUGAACCUAUCAGCCAAGCUCCCUGCAGCCCGCCAGCCCAGAGACCUGGAUGGACAGUUUUUUGCUUCUGUUUCCUGCACUAAGGGGUCAGCUUUGCUGUGAACGUUUCUCCUUCCCAUACCCUUAAACCACCCCUGGUGCCUCUGGGAUUAGAUUAUAUCCUGGAGCAUACUACUGUGAUGGGUCUAAUGGCCCCUCCUCAAACUGUUCUGUGAAAUGUAUAUUUCAGGGUCUCUUGAAACCUUUGUGACCGUUAGGUGCCUUAUCUUUCAAGGCCUAAUGUUUUAAGAUUCAGACCCAACAUCAAAACCACUAUUUCUUUAACAAGAAUACUGACUCCGGAUGCUACCUGAUUCUAGAUUAAGACAGGGAUGGCCCGCAGUUACCAGGGCAAUGGUACUGUAUUUGGGGCUUCUGCACUGAUACUCAGGGAAGCUCAUCUUUUUAUAUUGUACAUGGUCUUUACGUGGGGACUUAUACUUGAAGUUUUCUGAACAUCCCUGAAUAAAAUAGGACUAAAGUUCCUAAUUCACCUAAACUCUGGCAAAAGCCUACAAAUCUCUAAAAUUGAAUUUCUUUCCCAAAUGGGAAAAACACUGGGGCAGCAGCUCUAAUAUUUUCAGGACAGCACAGUGUUCUGUUAAGAGUAAAGCCCUCUCGGGGCUGGGGAUUUAGCUCAGUGGUAGAGCGCUUGCCUAGGAAGCGCAAGGCCCUGGGUUCGGUCCCCAGCUCCGGAAAAAAAAAAAAAGAGUAAA